AUGCAACAGAUGCGGCCUGUGCUCGUGGUGUGUACAAUAGCAAGAUCUGUUCAGGACACGGGACCUGCAACACCCGUAACCUGUGCGAGUGCGACGUUAGACACUUUGGCUUUGACUGUUCGCAGACGCUGUCCGCUAGGGCCUGCAUGGGUGGCUCCAGCGCGAGCGAUGGACGACGCCCACUACGUCGUCGAGUGCUCGAACAAGGGACUGUGCGACCAUGAAGAAGGCAAAUGCACAUGCGACGAGGGCUUCAUAGGCUCAGCCUGUCAACGCAUGAAGUGUGCCAGUGACUGCAACGACGUUGGGCGAUGCAUGUCACUCAAAGAUCUAUCGGAAAUGUAUGCGGUGGGCACAGAACCUUUGUACGACUCGGCGUGGGAUGCAGAUAUGAUGUACGGGUGCAAGUGUAGCAAAGGAUACCACGGUUACGAUUGCUCAUUGAAAUCUUGUCCACGUGGAGAUGACCCGAUGACAACAGGUCAAAAGAAUGAGGUGCAGAUUGUGCAGUGUACUGGCACCGGAGGAUCGUUUUUCUUGUUCUUCAAAGGGCAAAGCGCGGAAAUAUCGUUCGACACAAAGCUGGAAGACUUUAAGAAGAUUCUCACUACGAUCAAGACACUUUCUACGGUCAAAGUCACGUUUGGCGGUACAGCAACAACAGUUUGCACUAGUGGGACGGCAAACCCUAUCAUGAUCGAGUUUAUUCAGGACUUCGGACCGCAAUCUCCGAUUAAAGUGUUAGGAACGCUCAAGGGUGUCGUUUAUCUUAUGGGUGGCAGUGUGUUCGCGACCUCCGCAGGUGGCAUUUUAGGCGGACGAACCUCGGUUCAAGGCACUAAGGAAUGGGAAUUCUGCAGCAGCCGAGGAGAUUGCAAUUUUGAAACGGGUCAAUGCAAAUGCUACACCAGCCCCAUGCCGGGCUUCCGAUCGAGUGACGGCUAUGGAAAUAUUGGAACGCGAGGCGAUUGCGGAUGUGCCAACGAUAAAAACUUGUAUGGCGGGCCGAUCUCAGCCUGUGUGGGUGAACUCGUUUGUAGUGGACACGGCUACUGCACCGGCUCGCCGUCUUACAAGUGCGUUUGCGAGAAAGGCUGGACGACUGGAGAUUGCUCGUCGCGAAAGUGUCCGUCAGGGCCAUCGUGGUUCACCACUCGGUCAGUAACCAAUACCGUACACAACCAGCGGUCAGAGUGUUCUGAUGCAGGCAUUUGCGACCGUACCACUGGUCAGUGCUCUUGCUACACUCCAUUUGAGGGCUCUGCGUGCGAAUUUAUGAAAUGCCCUGGGGAUCCUGUUUGCAGUGGCCACGGUCAGUGCAUGACCAUUCGUCAGUUGUCGCUAGAAGCAGACUCAGACUCGCCCUCGCUAGUCUUUGACUACGGCACAGAUCCAAACAACGUUUUAACCUUCGACCGCGAUAACAUUUUGGGCUGCAAGUGCGAUCCAGGUUACGAAGCCUACGACUGUAGCAAAAGGUCCUGCCUAAAGGGGGACGAUCCUGUCACAACGGACCAAGUCGACGAGAUCCAGCUGCUUAAGUGUACUGCGACUGGAGGCGUUUUUCGUCUUCAAUAUCGCACCUUAACCUCGGUCGAUAUCCCAUUUGACGUAACGAUGGAUGAUCUUCGAGAUAUCCUCAUGAUUUCCUUCGGCUUUGAAGAUCUUGAGGUGGAAUACUCUUCCGGAACGAAAGCGUGCUCAGCUCCAGGGUCAGCUGAGAACAUAAUCACUAUUGCCUUCCCACUCGAGCACGGUGACAUUCCACCGCUAAGAGCGGAGACGACGGGGCUUACUGCAUCAAAUGGAGCAGUGAGCGUCGUCACCGCUGAUAAUGGAGUUGCGAUACAUGGCGUGGUAAGCCAAAAGGGCACAAAGGAAAACGCAGUUUGCUCCAACAGAGGCUACUGCGACUACAGUCAAGGUAUCUGUUUGUGUUCGCUAGGAUAUGGCACAAGCGACGGUCGGGGAAAUCAAGGUAAUCGUGACGACUGCGGUCAUAUAAUGCCGAAGGUAAAGCACUUGGCUCAGGGUUUAGCCAUGAAUUAA